AGCCUCACUAUCUUCCUGGAGGCCUUAGGGGGCAUUGAGUCUGUAAUCCCAGGGGACAAGUUUCAGGACGUCACCAGUGCCGUGUUUUACCAGCUCUAUGACGACAGCAAGCAGCACAGCGAGGCUGAUCGUGCACAGCUGACCCACUGCAUCAUGCUGCAGGCCCGGAUCUGCCCAGAGGAAACCAUCCUGUUUCUGCAGUCGCAGCUGGGCGAUGACUGGGAGCCUGGAUGCGUGGCAGCCCUGGGUCUGCUGGGUGCUCUGGCUCGCUCUGAUGAGCCCGUGAUGACGGAGAUGCUGCCCCAGGUCGUCGAGGCUGUGCAGCGUCUGUGCAGCGACCCCAGCAUCCGGGUGAGGACGGCUGUUCUGUAUUUCAUCAAGGAUCUGCUGAGUUCUAACACCCGGAUCUGCUCAGCCUGGGAUGUGGUGGGGCACAUCUUCAGGGAGUUCAGCCGCGCCACAGAUAGAAAGGCAGCCGGAGACCUUUCUGCCCGGGAAGCCCAGGAAGAAGGAGCUCUCCAGGAGCUGUGCAUGGACAUCCUGGGAUCACUGGACGUCUCUGUGAGAGGGAUGUCCAAACUCCUGUGGCCGCGGCUGCUGUUGUUUGUGGUGCCAGCGCAGUACACAGGCAUGCUGAUCCCAGUCUCCCGCUGUGUCUGUGCCCUGGCUGAGAGAGAGGAGCUGACAGGACGGCCGAUAGAACACCUGGAUCCCCAUUUUGUCAGCUCCAUGUUUCAAGGCCCACUGCUGACGCCCCAGACACUGCUGGCACGACUGCUGGUGGUGGCAGGCAGCCCUGGUGCAGGCAGCAAACUCCAAGCUGCUGCCUUACUGCUGAUGAAAAACCUCCACAGCAGGUUCCACAGAGCUGUGGGGGCCAUGUGGGCUACUGAGAUCCCCCUGCUGCUGCAGUGUCUUGAAG